AGCCUUUCCCCAGUAUGAUGCCUCACACAACGCUAGAGAAGCCGCAACCUCCUCCUCCUUCACCACCUCAACCAGCAGCACAUACAGACCCCCCGUCUCACAGCAUGCACCUCAGUCCAACAUCUACACCCACCUCCGUGCCAGAACUGCGCUCCCUUGUGCCCCAUCACCUCCUGUCUUCCAGCCAACAGGAAAGGAGUGCAGACCACACCAAGCUGUCUAGAUCCUACCCGUCUCAGGAGAUUGUUUAUGGUCCCUAUGUGGAGAGUGGGCCUAUGCCAGUGGAGAUUGACAGAGGUCUGGUAGGGAGAUCCUACCUGCCUCCAGCGGACAAUCACUGCAGUCCAGCAUCCACUCGCCCCAGCAGUGGCUCCUACAGGCCCAGUGAUGGCCAGUUUAUCUCCAGUGUAACUCUGUGGGGCUUGGCAAUGAAAACUCUGCAGAAUGACAAUGACCUGGAGCAAUAACAUGGCGCACAGCAUUGACUGUACCUUUUAAUGAAGCACACAUGAAGUGGUAAUAAUAUCAGUCGUUAACAACGAGCAAAAUUGUAUUUACUGAUUUCAUGUUAUUGGUCAACAUGGUAGAAAACUUUAUUUGAUGUUUAAGUACACUAUGCUGAUCUGAUUUUCAGGUUUUCAUUUCAGUCCACCAUCACAGCUUAUGAUUUUACUGAUGAAUUCCUUUGCUUAUGUUAAAGGAGUGCUAAUGAGUGGAACCAUCUUGUGGAGGGUGGUUGGAAAGAAGACCAGCAGACUGUUGUCAUGUCAUUGCCCUACAGAUGCAUGUGCAGCCUCAGUAUUUUUACUCUGAGUCACAGUUCGGUUUUCAGCUAUUAAUGAUCCUACACUGUAAACCUGAACAAGUUGACCACACUCAAAAAAGAAAGAGUAAAGAAAAGUUUUUAAGUAUUCUGGAGCAGCGUUUCAGGUUAUCAUCACUAAUUUGUAGACCCAACAAAAUUUUGGUGCCAUCCCCAGCCACACAUUGUCGAUUGUUUCAUUCCUGUUUUAGUUUACUGUUCUGUUGGGUAUUUCUUCUAGAAUAUGCCCAAGUAGUGUGCAUCAUGUUUCUCCAAGCAGCUGCACCCGCAUGUCCUGUGUCCUGUAUCGACUAACUGUCCACAAACCUAACUGUUAAAACCACCCAGCAGCUGGUAGUAUGUCUAUGGAACAUCAGCAAAAUUAUGUUGUAUUUUUCAUGGAUCUGGUGCAUCAAAGUUCAGAUACAAUGGGGUUUGUCCUCAUUAUGUUCUUUCAUUGUAGUGAGUUACUAGAAGUGAGUAUUUAUUAUCUACAUACCUUUUGUGGGAUGGACUAAC